AUGCCCCGUUCUUCUCGUACAGGCGUAUUAGUUUUUGAUCCAGAAAUCGAGAAGACCGCACGAAAGUUGAAGAAGCAAGCUAAGGAGUGGAAAAAGAGAUCCAAUUCUGCUCCACCGAAUCUUGAGGAUCAAGAAGAAAUUGAAGUUCCAAUGGGUGACCGUAACAAUAGGGAUGAGGAAAACGAUAGAGAGAUCGUUGAUCCUCGACAGGAACCACCUCAACUGAUCAGAGAGUUAGGCCGUCAUAGAAGCAAUCGCCCUUUGUGCAUUGUCCUUCCUGCCAUUAAUGGCAACGCUGAAAUACGGCCUGGUUUCAUUCAAGUGCUACCCAAAUUCGGUGAUUUACCUGGAGAGAGUGCACACAAGCAUCUGGCUGAAUUUGAUCUAGUUUGCUCAACUCUACGCCCUCAUGGUUUUACUAAAAAUAAUUUGAGGCUAUUGACUUUUUCUCAUACUUUGCAGGGUAGAGCGAGAGAUUGGCUUUUUGAUCUUCCUCCUGGUUCGAUUAGAACUUGGGGAGAUUUAGAAGAACAAUUCUUGCGAAAAUUCUUUCCUGAGUCCAGAGCUGCAAAUUUGAGAAUGGCCAUUAGCAGCAUUAAACAGAAGAAGGCGGAGAGUCUAGCCGAUUAUUGGGAGAGAUUCCAACAGUUGUGUCGCAAGUGUCCUGAUCAUGGAUUUUCUGACUACCAAUUGCUUACUAACUAUUUUUAUCGUGGUAUGUCUUCUUUUGAUAGGAAAAUUGUUGACGCUGCUUGUGGUGGAAGCUUGACCAAUAAAACUUUGGACGAAGCAAAGCAACUCAUCGUUGACAUGGUUUCAAAUGGUCAACAAUAUGAGGAUGAGGAUGAUGAUCGUUAUAGGCCAGUGCAUAAAGUAGAAGAUUCCAACAUGAACGAGAGAAUUGAUGCUCUCACCUCUUUAGUUAGAGGACUUGCUGUCUCUAAAACUCAACACGUUCAAUGUGGAAUUUGCUUUGAAAAUAAUCAUCCUACUGAUGCAUGUCCAUCUCUGCAGGAUAAUAAUACUGAGCAAGCGUGCAUGGGAUCCGCUGAUGAGCAAGAGAUGAACGCACAAAGACAAAGGCGAAACGACCCUUUUUCCAACACCUACAAUCCAGGGUGGAGAAAUCACCCAAAUUUUAGGUGGAGACAGCAGGAACCAGGGAUGUACGCGCCGAAUCCGCCACAGGCUGGACAGUAUGCCCAUACCGCACGUCCUGCACCGAGUUCUGCACCUAAUAUGAACGAUAUCAUGAAGAGCCUCGCCCAGAGCAGUGAAAUUGUGAAGAAUUUGGUGCAAAGUCAGCAGGCAUUCCAGCAUGAAACUCAGGCAGCGUUGAGUAAUAUGGGCACACAAAUCACGCAGUUAGCCACUCAGGUGAACAAGCUGCAGGCGAAUCAAGGCCGACUUCCUUCUGUCACGGAGAUGAAUCCCAAGGAAAAUGCAAGUGCUGUAACUACAAGAAGUGGAAGAAUUCUAGCUGAGCCACAACUUAAGCAGCAGGACAAAGAUAAGCCCGAUGAAGCCAAGGACGAUGCAAUUAGUGAAAAGUCACCAGAAUCCACCGAGCCUAGCUCUUCUAAGGUAAGUGGAAAACCUAAGGUUUCAAUUCCUCAAUCACUGACUGCACCACCUUUUCCUUCUAGGUUGGCUCAGAACAAGAGAAUUGAAGAAGAGAAGGAUAUUCUGGAAAUCUUCAAGAAGGUAGAAAUAAACUUGCCCUUGCUUGAUGCAAUUAAGCAAGUUCCCAGGUACGCAAAGUUUUUAAAAGAGUUAUGCUCUAAGAAAAUAAAGUUUGGGAAUGAUGCGAGAAUUCGAGUGAGUGAGAAUGUUUCUGCUGUUCUGCAAAGAAAAUUGCCCCAAAAGUGUCGAGAUCCUGGUAUGUUCACCAUUCCAUGCAUUAUAGGUAAUAAGACUGUUGAGAGAGCUAUGCUAGAUUUAGGAGCAUCCAUAAAUGUCAUGCCUUAUUCUGUGUAUAAGGAUUUGCAAUUAGGACCUUUGAAAGACACUCGUGUUAUCAUUCAGUUAGCUGAUAGGUCUACUGCAUAUCCCGAAGGUGUUGUUGAGGAUGUCCUUGUCAAGGUCAAUGAUUUGAUUUUUCCUGUGGAUUUUUAUAUUGUUGAUAUGGAUGAUUCUGCCUCUGCUAAGCAAUCCUUGAUUCUUUUAGGGAGACCAUUCAUGAAAACUGCUAAGGCAAAAAUUGAUGUGGAUAGUGGAAUGCUUAGCCUUGAAUUUGAUGGAGAUAUUGUCACAUUUAAUAUUUUUGAGGCUAUGAAGCAUGUUGAGGAUCCUGAAUCUGUGUUCAUGAUUGAUGUUAUUGAUCCUUUGGUUGAGGAAUUUGUUGAGAAUUUCAGGGAGGAUGAGCUUGAGCAUGUUAUUUUCAGUUCCCUAACUGAAGAGAACUCCAAAACUGAGGAGAAUGAAGCCAUUAGAGAGAUUAUCAUGCAGCUGUACUCAACGGAGGAAAUUCCAGUUCGGCACCUGUCAAGCAGGAUGCCCAUACCGACCAGCACAAAACCGAUUUUGCCCUCUGUUGUGAAACCACCGAAGCUGGACUUGAAGGUACUGCCCCAGCAUCUGAAAUAUGUGUUUUUAGGAGAGGAUGACACGCUGCCAGUGAUCAUCAGCAAUGAACUCAGUGCAGAACAAGAGCCGAUAUCAAAGGUAUUAGUCCCUCUACUUGCAUGCAUAGAAUCUUACUUGAACCUAAUAGUAAACCAUCUAGGGAUCCUCAAAGAAAAUUGA